CGUGCGCAGAGCAUUUUGGGUAAUAGAGGGAAACAUGGCGUCUGUUGUCAUCAGAUCUCUGUCCUUCAGUAAAAAUGCAAAGGUUCUACUUUCCCCGAUAAAAUUGGCCACUGUACCUGGGAGGAACAAAACCGUAGAAGUUACGACUUAUGGAGAAGCGGUCACUCACACUGGACAGGUUUAUGAUGAAAAGGACCCCCGACGAGCCAGGUUUGUGGGCAGAACUAAGGAGGUGAACAAGAACUUUGCCAUCAACUUGGUGGCAGAAGAGCCUGUGUCAGAUGUCGGCGUCAGAAUCAUUUCCUGUGAUGGUGGCGGCGGUGCAUUGGGACACCCCAAAGUCUACAUCAAUCUGGACAAAACGACGAAAGUGGGAACAUGCGGUUACUGUGGACUGCAGUUCAAGCAGGCGCCUCACCACUGAAGUAAAUGCUCAUUGUAAUGUUCAUUCCUCUGUAACGAUCAGUCUCGGAGUAAUAAGUUAUUAGUCUGUUUAAAUUAAACAGAUGUAUUGUACCCAUCUUUCAGAUUCUUUGUUGUAAACAAUAAACUUUAAAUGAAGUAAAA